AUGUACCUGUUAGAUGUUUCGUUAGAUGUUUCGUUAGAUGUUUCGUUGGUUGUUUCGUUAGAUGUUUCGUUAGAUGUUUUGUUAGAUGUUUCGUUAGAUGAUUCGUUAGAUGUUUCGUUAGAUGUUUCGUUAGAUGUUUCGUUAGAUGAUUCGUUAGAUGUUUCGUUAGAUGUUUCGUUAGAUGAUUCGUUAGAUGUUUCGUUAGAUGUUUCGUUAGAUGUUUCGUUAGAUGUUUCGUUAGAUGUUUCGUUAGAUGUUUCGUUAGAUAUUUCGUUAGAUGUUUCGUUAGAUGUUUCGUUAGAUGUUUCGUUAGAUGUUUCGUUAGAUGUUUCGUUAGAUGUAUCGUUAGAUGUAUCGUUAGAUGUAUCGUUAGAUGUUUCGUUAGAUGUUUCGUUAGAUAUUUGGCAUGUCGUGUCAAUUUUUUAA